AUCUUAUCAGAGUAUCCGAGGGUUCCAGGUAGUUCAUAUGUAAAGUUUACGAGGCAAGGAACGUUAAGGAGUCCAUGGGAUGGUGAACUGUUAGAACCUCCCAGAUCACGGCGGAUUCUCGACCAAAUAGUUGUGUUCAUCUGAAUGUGAGACACACGCAUCUUGUGACAGAGUCUCAAGCCUGUAACGAUUUCGGCAAUGGGACACAGUGUUUGGUACUUCACGAGAAACCCAUCAAGUAAACUUUCAUUGGUGGAACGGGAUUGAAACGAUGGGAUACCACUAUUGAGCGAAAGAAAGCGGAGCCCUUUGACCUCUGCAGUGAAGAGUCAACUAGAAGCUCACGAAGAUGAUUUGGCACUCAGUAAUUCAUAGUGAUCACACGACGCCGAAGGCAAUAAUUACCGAGGCAAAGGAGAGAUGCCUUCCGCACCCGUCUGCCUCGUUGGCUUGUGCGUUGUCAUCAUUUUCACACUUGAUCCGCAAGCCACCGGAGAUCAAGAAACGCCCCUUCACUUUUGCUAUGUAUCGACGAAAAGAGCGAAUGGGGGCUGCUCUGCUGGCUGCAGGAUGUGUGCCUUCUGAAAGAAACUUCACUGGCAUCGUGUCAGCCUGCUGCCCAGUCCGUCGGCGCUUCGGCAAGUGUGUGGAUGGAACGCCAGCCAGACCGUCGGCAGGCGCUGUGUCCUUACUAACAUCCGGCCUUCCAAGAAAGCUAACAACUUUGGACCACGUUUUUUCGGGAACAGUUACCGAAGAUGGCGUUUGAUAGGAGAAUGUCGGAUCUGCCCUACCUGCAGCAUCCUGCAGUGUGGCACUGAUUUAUUUUCCGUCCUCAGUCCUCUGCAUUCCGUACUGCUUUUAAGCACGCUAGUCUCUUGAGAUCCUUGGAGAGUGCUUUUCGCGUCAAGAGCUCUGCAGGAAGAGCUCCACAGGCGUAGUGCUGUCGCAGGGAGGGGAAAGAAACACAUAUCAUCUGUAGCUUUGUCCACUGAAUCUGUUGUGAAGCCUGGAUGUCCUCACCGAUCCCCAUCUCAAAAUCCCUGAGGCAGGGUUGACUGUGUGUACUGAAGCCGCUAAAUCUGCAGUACGUGGCCAUUUGUCGAUUUGUUGUAACCAUGUAGCUGCAGAGUGCAUCAACAUGGUCUACUGAAAUGAUACGCAGAGCCAGUCUUUCGCAGGCCACCUACUUGGUUCCAGCAGACGUCCGGGGAAAAGAGAGGCCGAGCACGCGGAGUCUGUCUCAUAAUCUCUGAAACAACUACAGUUCGGAUCUCGUGGACCACAGCAACUUCGAAAGAACAUAUGAAAGUGAAACUGAGGGCACCACAACAAUCGGCAGCUGUGGGUGGCAGCCGUAUCGGUGCCCCUUUAGCGCCUGCCGUCAAGAUCAUGUCCCUUUCCAAAGUUUUGUCUCCACUUUGUGCAGAGGAACAAGGCUGCUCCGUCUCGAUAGCAAUUGGAUGUCUUGUACGCGGCAAGUUUUGGGCCUCACUCUUGUUGGCGGCUUAGCAGCACACUAUUGUCUGAGGGGGCUCCGCGGAAAGGCUAGCCACAACUCAGGACGACCUCGUAUGCAACUGUGAGGGAAUCCUCCUGAACCUCAAAGAGAAGGCAGGUUUUCGAGAGCGCUGCCCGAAUUGGUUCUGGAGCUAUACACGAAGCAAAAUCACUCGCUGAAAGUUGCGGACUCUUCCCUUUUCCUUCGCACUUGCAGGCGCAUGCAGGCACGGGCAGUACCAUCGAACGCCGCGAGAAUUGGUCAACAAUCGCCGGACAAUGAGCAGCUCGUCCUCUUCAGCGUCUUUAUUGCGUGAUCCAUUCCUUGCCCGGUGCUGAGCCCAUUUGGCGCCUCGCUUACCGCGGUAUCUUCACGCCAACAGCGCUCGCGGGCACCACUCUUUUUGGCUGCGUGUUUCUUCGGUAGACACGGCCGAGGCGCGCCCUCCAGCCGCCUCCUUCUCACCCAGCUUCGCGGUUGCUGGUCUCACGGGCUUGCGAGGACCAGAUGGCGGAAGCCGAGUCCCCACUCGUCGGCCCUGUCUCCGCGCUGGAGGCUUCGCCGGAGCAAGGACUUCUGUCGUCUUCGCCGUCUCUCUCUGUCUCUGCUGCCUCCGAGUCUCCGUCCUCCCUGUUCUCUGCCCCUUCGGGUCGCUGCGUCGAAGGAGCUCCCGAAGUGCAGAACAGUGCGUCGUCGUCGACAGAGGACCCACUGAGUCCCGACAAUGCUCGAGGAGCCCCCGAGCGCCUAGACUCCAGAUACAAGAGUUUCCCCAGACGCCAGGAGUCCAAAUACUUCCUCGACUCUGUGCCUCAUCCGCAGGUGUCGAUGAAGGCAAUCGCGACGGCGCACCUGCGACAAGCUGUGGAGCAAAAGCAGGAAGAGCCUCUGGAGGACUCAGUCCCCGACAGGCUGGCGUCUUUCGCGACAGGUCCGAACAUCAACGGAAAUGCAGAAACGGGAAGCGCGGCAGACCCCGCGGGAGCAACUGCGGCAGCCACCCACAAGGGCAGCGUCAUGAGCGCGGACCUCGGCAGAUUUUACCGGAAACUCCUGGGUGAAGACUGGCGAGAGCAAAUUGCCGAAAUGAAUCAGGAGACGCUUCUCGGUCCCUUCAACGAGGCAAACGACGAGGACAUCUCAGCCGGAGGCGGUCCCGCGACUCAACCUACCCCGUCAGUGCCAGGAGACGACCUCAACCUCCCCGACAAGCACCAUGGAAAAGUCCGACAGAGAAUUCGAAGACGCGACGUGACGGCUUCCAAGGACAUUAGCGAUCAAGUGGCGGACGAUCUGCAUCUCGGAGAGGAUGAAGAGCCCCUGAUCACUCCAGACGACAUUGCAGAAAUCCGAGCGACAGCGUGGAUCCCUGCGGGCGAAGGCCUGCCGAUCCUGAGUGAAAUGGAGCUCGGCUAUCACCGCGCCUGGGACGUCGGCAAGAAAGGUUGUCUCGCUGUCAAAGUCGACGGAAUCUGGGACUCUGCGGUCAAGGGAAAUAAAAUGCGUUUCUUUGUCAUGGAUGGUACAGACACAGAGUCGUUUCUAACCUUCUACACCAAGUCGGAUCUCCAGGCAGCGCGAGGCCUUCAGUCGGAAAAGCUCGGCAUCAUUACAGCGUGGGACAUGCGAGAUGGCUACUGGAAUUACCCAAAGAAGAAGAUUUUCAUCCAGCGAUCAGACCGGAAAAACCGAGAAUGCAUUCUCGAGGGUUUCACUGCCGAAUUCUACGAUGCUAUGCUCCUGUGCAUCUGGGAAAUGUGCGUUCAGGCAUCGAUCGAACAACUGAAGCACCAGCGACGACGAGAGCGGAACAAGCGGCGGCAGUCGUUGUGUGGGGGGUCUUCGACGAGUCGCAUGUCCUGCCGGGGAGCCGAGACGUCGCGCAUGUCGGCGGCGUUGGUGACCUUCAAGGACGUUCCACGGGAGAGAGGGAAGCGGAGUGAGGCUCCGCGUCGCGAGACCAGCAGAAGCAUUGCUGUGAUGCGCCAGGCCGCAGCUGUCCACCGUGAAGUGAUGAAACAGCUGUGUGCGGAGUGGCGAAGCGUACUUCGCAGGCAAGGGCAGGCGGAUGUGAAGACGUGGUUGAGGCGUCGCAGGGUGCGGCGAGACGGGGCUGGAGAGGCUGGCCUUGACUCAAGGUGCGGCAAAGACGGCCAGGCCUGUCGCCAGAGAAGCAUGCGCCGCACGGUUUCUGGGUCUGGAACGUCGACAACUCUUGAAAGGAAAGGGAGCCGGGCUGCGGCUUGGAGUCGAGUGGGCACGCAUGCAGACUUUGGAGAGCGAGGCGGCGCCCAAGGCGUCGCGCCCCCUGCAGAUGGCGCCUGUGAGGGGGCGUCUUUUCCUCCGGACGCGUUUGGGAAGCCUGCAGGCAGAGCGGGGUCCCAACGAGAAGUGAACGGAGAAGCCAGCGGGGAAGGAGACGCCCGUGCUGGCGAGUUGUCGCCCGAAGAACGCGAGUUUGCGUGGGGGGGAAGCGGAAGCGAAUCGAGCGGCUCUGGCGACUUGAGAGGAGAGCUGGACCGGGACAGGCCGUCGUCAGGGAGUGGCGAGCUCGGGGGGCUCCGCGGACAUGUGCAGAAGGUUCUUUCUCUUCAGCUUGAGAAGAGACACUCUGCGAUGAUGAAUGGUAGCAGGGAGAGAUUCGAGGCAGAGAGUCCGACGUCAGACUGGCGGCGCGAAGACACCGGUCAACUUUCCUCGCUGCCCCUCGACGGCCUCCCUCACUUCAGCUCCUCAGGCGAGGGCUAUCGACACAUGCCCUACAGUGCAGGUUCAGCGCGUGGACGGAGGAAGAGCAUGGCCGCGUCGAAGCGGGGUGCUGGAAACGGGAUUUCUGGUUCCACCGUCAAACUCAGCAAAUACGAGUCUCUCAAUCGUGUGCCUCCUGCGAGACCUCAGGGCAACGAAACGCCUCUGUUGACUCCCGGGGAGAUGACGCCGCGGGACCCCGAGGACGAGCGGCCCAAGUUCGGAUAGGACGGAGAAGAAGAGCGGAGCGUUUGCGGAGACGAGGUUCCUCGGCAUGGGAGGAACGUGGAAAGGGACGGGAACAGAAGGGAACGGACGCGGACGUUCAGCGCGGAGUUUAGUGAGCAGAGGCCUCGACAGAGGGCGGAGGAACAAACCAUGUCGUCCUGUCCACCCUGAGAGCUGAACAUGUUUGUGGCAACUCUUGGAAUGAACAAGAGACGAAGCUGUAGGGGAAUGCAGGUAACUGAUGGGGGUCAAACAAAGUAGGCCAGUUGAGGCCAGUGAACGAACCACGCAUGCGUCGAGGGGUGUGCCGGAUCGGGCUCUUCUCGUUCACCGGGUCCCUCACACAAAUGGACAGACUCGUGAUCGGUGUCGAAGACAGCGAACCAAACAGCCGUCUGUUUCGGCGGGGCGGAAACGGCGUGCUGAGUUUUCGUACUCUGAAAGCAGUCACGUGGAAAACUUGACUCUUUUGUGGCAUGAAGGACCUGGAAAGCUUUUUGUCCUUGUGAAAGAAACCGUGGGUGCGUCCUCGCUUCGCUUAGAAGACGCCAGACCUUGUGGACGCACGUGUCCGCUGUUUUAGGACGUUGUCACUGGCGGCAUGGAAGGCUCCUUGUCGGGAUGGGACCUACGCAGAGGGAAGAGUCUUUUGUGCAUGCAAGGAAAAACAACAAGAAGGUGCAAAGCGACCAACUGCUUUUUCAAAGGCAGCAGGGACUGUCACCGUAUUGGAGCUUCCUCUGCAGACAGACCAGAAAAGCAGCCUCGGUGGCCUCGUGGAUUCUUGGCACUGCCCGAAGUAUCGAGGAACAGUGCAGUCCUGAGGACAGCUGUUGUCUCUUGUCUGGAGGAUAGUCCCGUUGAGUAGAGGAAACGAACACGCUGUCAAGUCCUUGGCGUAAAGAUUCAGAGUGGCACGCAACCUAAAGUGUGGAGGGAUCCGCGUCGACAUACAGCGGCAGAUGUGCUCCGUGUAUUCUUGGACUGUCUUCAUUGACACUUGUCCUGGUUGCGGUCUCCGUUGUUUCUAGUGAAGAAGGUACCCGUGACGCUCGUCCUUCGGUAAUGUUUUUUGACGGGCUUGCCUGAGGAAAUACGGGUGUGCAGGGAAGCGAGAGCAGAGGAGUUCCCAGUCUCGCAAUUGGGCGGUGCUUAUUCACAUUGAACGGACGAAGUCGUCGUCAUUUCCGCCCAAAACAUUGCAGAAUAGACGACACCGACCGCCUUCCCAGUGCAAGUGAAUGGGGUCGAGUCUGGUACUCACGACUAGCCAGAUGGAGGUACAUUCGAACACACACUGGAGGCAGCGUUUUUUUCGUUUCAGGCACCUCGACACCUCGUUGAUCCUUUCUGCUCUAAUGCAUGAAGAAGGGAUUCACAAAGUGCUUCUCGCUUUGCCACAUAAAUGGGGUGCGGUAGCACCGGAAUGCUGCUAUCUUCCGCGAUGAAGUGAAGAAGCUGGGGCUCCGCCCUCUCUGUUACAGUGCCAAUAACUUAUGCGAUUGCUGGAGUUUCUUAUAUAACAUCCACAAGCAUUCCAGACCCGGGGCGAGUCGGGCUUUCAUCUGAUGUGAAAGCUCACGAAGCUCGACAAACACAUUAUAAAAUAGGGUGGCACAGGCGACCCCCGCGAGCCGCCCGCGAUUGCCUUAAUACCGCGAUUGCUCUUGAACCUGUAGCCGCCCACACAACCCCCGUGGGAAUCGCGAGGCUACAGUGACUGCCGACAGAUUAUAUGCACGUCACGUGACAACAUCCUUUUGAGCAGUGGUCGCGAUAGCACUACGACGAGUUCCUCGAGGCGCCCCGCCAAGUUUGAGAUAUAUCUUGAACCUUGAAGUGAGACACUGCAGGGAUUCAUGGUCAGACAUUUUUCCUAGCGGAAGCAACAAGGGAUUCUGAAUCUUGUCGCUCCGCCUACGCGGAAGAACGGCGGACAAAACUAUCGGCGUAGAUUCCGACACUGUGAACAUCAAACUGUGCUUGCCAUUGGCGACCUCUAACUGAUAUUCGUUCUGGUGGUGAGAUGGACAAAGCGCCACGGAAAUCCUUCUGCACGUGACGUCCCCUAAUCGCUGUUGAUGCUCACGGAGAAAAGGCUGAGGAUCAAAGGCAAAAACAGCAGAGCUAGCCUGCUGUGGUCUACAAUGUCAGGUCCCGCCCAGCCUCGACGAAGAUUUUCUCUCAAUGAAACGGAGUGAGCCAUCUGAAGAG